CUCCCUUCUGCUAUCUGUUCUGUUCCUGGUCUGUGUAGGGCCAGCAGGAGCUGCAACUGGCACCCUAGGCCUUUUUUUUUUUUUACUGGGCAGUAUAGGGCCCACCAGGGCCAUAUGCAGUGUCAUGUGGUGGACAUAGCCCUGUGGAAGCCCUGGAUCUCCUGCAAACAGUUGAGAGGGAGACUCCCAAGUGGAAUCCAUUCCUGGAGGCAGCAGUGGGCGGUUCACACACCCAGCCACUUGCAGCUUGUUGAGGUUUGCACACUUUGAAGAGGCUAAGGAACUUGGGAUUAAUAAAGGAGGUAUUAAUAACGGAGGGCCUGCUUUCCAGACCCUCCUGGGUGCAGAUCUGCAGCAAUUGUCCUUUGUACAAAUGAUGUGGGUAAUAGAGUCCCAAGGAGGCCAGGACUUGCCUAUAGUUGAACCCUGGUCUCUAUGCUCUGGGUCUUUCCCUAUGUUGGUGGGUUAGGGGCCUCAGAUACUCAGGGUUGUCAGGCAUGCAGUCCCCCAACAAGUCCCUGCUCUGGCUGCCUCACUGUUGUUUUGGGGCACAUGGCGCCACCUGGUGGUCAUCAUGGUUAAUGCGUGAAUAUGGUUUGUACAAAACACCCAGUGCCCCAGCUGCUGCUCUGCCACCUGGGAAACCGUGACUUUCUCUGAAUGUGGAGAUGCCUCUGUGCAAUGGAUGGGAUUCACUCUCUGUUCUGUGUGUAGUGUGCCUCUGACUCUGUAGUGGAAGCCAUAGUUGUUAAAAGGCGGCAAGGGGUAGAUAAGACAGGCUAGGGGCACACUGACCCCCUUUCAAGCCUUAGCUCCAGGUCACAGGGAACCUGGUUGUCCCUGCCAUGCUCAGUCCUCAUCCCCUUCAAGCUCUGAGCCACAGGGAACCUCACUGUCCCUUCCAAGCAGCUGUCAUUGCUGUUUUCUGCCCAUCACACAUAGCAUCCCUUUGACACUUACUUCUUUAGGGUGAUAAUUUCCAGAGUGUAAACUCUGAGAGGGAAGGUCUUGUCUUGUGUCCCCCCCAGCAUGUGCCAAGCACCUCCAAGUGCCUCACUCAUUGGAGGUGCUGGAAGUGCUGCCUAUGGACCUGGUUGUCCGAGGACUGUGAGGGGAACCAGGAAGGUGUGGACAUACCAGUGCUCAGCACUAGCUGGGCUCCAGCAGCGGAGCUGUGAGCACCACCAUUUGGCAUAUCGCUGCUUCUGCCUUCUCCGGGUCUGGGCCCAGUGGAUCUUCAGGGACUUGCCAGCCUCACUACUGAGUACCUUCCCCUCUCCAGGCCUGCCACACUCCACCUGGAACCAUGAGUGAGGGCCGCAGGGACAGCACAAGCAGUCUGCAGCGCAAGAAGCCACCCUGGCUGAAGCUGGACAUACCGGCUGUGAUGCCGCCACCAGCAGAGGAGCCCAGCUUCCUGCAGCCCCUGAGGUGCCAGACUUUCCUGCGGAGUGUGAGUAUGCCAGCUGAGACGGCCCACGUCCCUUCGCCCCACCAUGAGCCCCGGCGGCCUGUGCUCCAGCGCCAGACAUCUAUCACACAGACCAUCCGCAGGGGGACAGCUGACUGGUUUGGAGUGAGCAAGGACAGUGACAGCACCCAGAAGUGGCAGCGCAAAAGCAUCCGUCACUGCAGCCAGCGCUAUGGGAAGCUGAAACCCCAGGUCAUUCGGGAGCUGGAUCUGCCUAGCCAGGACAAUGUGUCGCUGACCAGCACGGAGACGCCACCCCCACUGUAUGUGGGGCCAUGCCAGCUGGGCAUGCAGAAGAUCAUAGACCCUCUGGCCCGCGGCCGGGCCUUCCGCAUGGCAGAUGACACUGCUGAUGGCCUGAGCGCCCCGCACACUCCGGUCACACCAGGUGCUGCCUCCCUCUGCUCCUUCUCCAGCUCCCGCUCAGGUUUUAACCGGCUUCCUCGGCGGCGCAAGCGUGAAUCUGUGGCCAAGAUGAGCUUCAGGGCGGCUGCAGCACUGGUGAAGGGCCGCUCUGCUAAGGAUGGCACCUUACGCCGGGCACACCGACGAAGCUUCACUCCUGCCAGUUUCCUGGAGGAGGACACAGCAGAUUUCCCUGAGGAGUUAGAUACAUCCUUCUUUGCUCGGGAAGGUGUCCUCCAUGAGGAGCUGUCCACAUACCCGGAUGAGGUGUUUGAGUCCCCAUCGGAGGCAGCACUCAAAGACUGGGAGAAAGCCCCAGAGCAGGCCGACCUCACGGGUGGGGCCCUGGACCGCAGUGAGCUUGAGCGCAGCCACUUGAUGCUGCCCCUGGAGCGAGGCUGGCGGAAGCAGAAGGAAGGUGGCACAGCUCCGCAGCCCAAGGUACGGCUUCGACAGGAGGUGGUGAGCGCUGUGGGGCCCAGGAGGGGCCAGCGCAUUGCAGUGCCAGUGCGCAAGCUCUUUGCCAGGGAGAAGCGGCCAUAUGGGCUGGGCAUGGUGGGCCGGCUUACUAACCGCACCUACCGCAAGCGAAUUGACAGCUAUGUGAAGCGCCAGAUCGAGGACAUGGACGACCACAGGCCCUUCUUCACCUACUGGCUUACCUUCGUGCACUCGCUGGUCACCAUUCUAGCAGUGUGUAUCUAUGGCAUCGCGCCCGUGGGCUUCUCGCAGCAUGAAACAGUGGACUCGGUGCUGCGGAACCGUGGUGUCUACGAAAAUGUCAAGUAUGUGCAGCAAGAAAACUUCUGGAUCGGUCCCAGCUCGGAGGCCCUUAUUCACCUGGGUGCCAAGUUCUCGCCCUGCAUGCGCCAGGACCCACAGGUGCACAGCUUCAUCAGUGCUGCUCGUGAGCGUGAGAAGCACUCGGCCUGUUGCGUGCGAAAUGACCGAUCUGGCUGUGUGCAGACCUCAGAGGAGGAGUGCUCGUCCACCCUAGCAGUGUGGGUGAAGUGGCCUGUCCAUCCCAGCGCCCCAGACCUUGCUGGCCACAAGAGGCAGUUUGGCUCUGUCUGCCACCAGGACCCCAGGGUGUGUGAUGAGCCCUCCUCUGAGGACCCCCAUGAGUGGCCAGAAGACAUCACUAAGUGGCCGAUCUGCACUAAAAACAGUGCCGGGAACCACACCAACCACCCUCACAUGGACUGUGUCAUAACAGGCCGACCCUGCUGCGUCGGCACCAAGGGCAGGUGCGAGAUCACCUCCCGGGAGUAUUGUGAAUUCAUGAGGGGUUAUUUCCACGAAGAGGCCACACUCUGCUCUCAGGUGCACUGCAUGGACGAUGUGUGUGGCCUCCUGCCUUUCCUCAACCCUGAGGUGCCUGACCAGUUCUACCGCCUGUGGCUGUCCCUGUUCCUGCACGCUGGGAUCUUGCACUGCCUAGUGUCCAUCUGCUUCCAGAUGACUGUGCUGCGAGACCUGGAGAAGCUGGCUGGCUGGCACCGCAUAGCCAUCAUCUACCUGCUGAGUGGCGUCACUGGCAACCUGGCCAGUGCCAUCUUCCUGCCAUAUAGGGCAGAGGUAGGCCCUGCUGGCUCUCAGUUUGGCAUCCUGGCCUGCCUCUUUGUGGAGCUCUUCCAGAGCUGGCAGAUCCUGGCACGGCCCUGGCGUGCCUUCUUCAAGCUGCUGGCUGUGGUGCUCUUCCUCUUUGCCUUUGGGCUGCUGCCCUGGAUCGACAAUUUCGCCCACAUCUCAGGCUUCAUCAGCGGCCUCUUCCUCUCCUUUGCCUUCCUGCCCUACAUAAGCUUCGGCAAGUUUGACCUGUACCGCAAGCGCUGCCAGAUCAUCAUCUUCCAGGUGGUCUUCCUAGGCCUGCUGGCCGGCCUGGUGGUCCUCUUCUACUUCUAUCCUGUCCGCUGUGAGUGGUGCGAGUUCCUCACCUGUAUCCCCUUCACUGACAAGUUCUGUGAGAAGUACGAACUGGAUGCUCAGCUCCACUGAGCCAGUUGUGGGUGCUGAUGGCCACAACCACCCUGAGACUCGGGGGCCUGUGGACUCUGCCUGCUCUUCAGGGACUUGCCUUCCCUGACAGACCUCCUGUGCCUUGCUCACUCCUGUUGACUUUAUCUUGUUGGGCAUUUAUCACACUCUCCCACGAUAACCUUCUAACUAGACCCUUGACGACCACCUCAUGUGGCCAAUAAAUGGACCGGGAGCGUUUUAGCUGCCACUAAGUUGA